UGGGCAAUAAAGGCGAUGCCUGGUAAAGCAGUUGGUGGCCUGAAGGGGGCGGCUGUGCGGGUCGGAACGGUUGUUGCCAGAAGCGGGUGUCCACCCGGAGCCGUGAGGGGGUGCUGGACCGUCGGGAGUCAUCCCUUGUCCUUGAAUUGCCGUCCGGGUCGGGUGCUGGGUGACCGUCGGGAAAUGGGGCUCCUGCCAGACAGAGCGAAAGCGCUGCCGCCGCCGGGCAUCGUCAAUAGGAACAGCGUGUGGCUGGGGCUCAUCGGCUGGACCACGGCGGUACUGCAGAACGGCCUGAACCGCCGGCCGGCGCUCAAAGCCGGUGUGCACCGGCAGCUUCUUUUUGUUACUGUUGGAUGGUUUCUUGGCUAUUACCUCACCAAAGUGGAAAAUUACAAGACUGCCAAAUUAGACCAAGAGAUGAUGGAAUAUAUUCGGCAACACCCAGGUGACUUUCCUGAAAAAGAAAAAAAGACAUAUGCAGAGAUUCUGGAGGAUUUUCAUCCAAUUCACUAAACCAUCGACAGUAACUCUUAGUUGACCAUGUUGGGUAAUUGGUAUAACUCACAUGACUGUCUUAUCAGCUGAUGUAUGAAAAUAUUCUACAGUGUGCUUAUGGUCUUUCUCAUUGUAAAUUACUUCAUAAUAAAUUAUAAGAACUAA